CAAGCACACACACACCCACCCUCCUCGCGGGAAGCUCCGCUAUCUUUAGACCCGCCACGGAUUACAGUGCGCAGUGUGUCACAGACUGCGUCUCUGUUACACCUGCUCGGUUCAUCUCUGUGAGUCCUUCACGCUGAAAAACAUACACACGUAAAACAGGAGUGAUGGAGGAAUGACAACAAACUGCGUCUCCGUCUACGGCUCUCCGUCCCCGAGAAGACCCCCAGGAUGCUGCUGCUCUCCAGUCCGAGGAACGGACGCCUGCGCCAGGCCUCGCUGCUGUUGCUCACCGCGGUGCUCCUCUGUGUAGCCCCCGUCAGUGCUAGCCCGCCAGUUAGCAGUAAAUGCCCUCGCCAUUUAGACUGUGCCAAAGACGGACGCCAUUUCUGCAGGCCGGGCUCCUCCCGAUGUGGCCCCUGCCUCGCUCCGUUGGAGGAGAACGAGGAGGGAAACUGCGAGGUGAAGAAGAGGCACCAUAAGCAGGGUAAGGAAUAUAUAAACAUUUCACUCUCGAGAGGCCGCAGCUAUGAUUUCAUCAGCAAUAUUUCAUGAGACAUAAAGGUUACACACUCAAUGUUACCUA